CACAACCCUAAGACAAUCACAGAACAAAAAGAAAAAUUCUUAGCUUUAAAAAUUUCCCUUAGGUCAACCAUGGAAGAAGCAAUCAUGAGACUCGAAGGUGCCGAGCACAGAGAAACCAACAUCCAUUCUUUGAAAAGAAAGCCAUCAAGAACUUCCUCGACAGCUCCUGGCUCUCCCGGAGGAGUAACUACCGCAAAAGCUGCCUCCGGCGCCGGCGCUUCCGGUGUCUCUACGAUAAGGUACCGAGGCGUGAGGCGUAGGCCAUGGGGUCGUUACGCAGCUGAAAUACGGGACCCAUUGUCCAAGGAGAGACGAUGGCUCGGAACAUUUGACACGGCCGAGGAAGCAGCUUGCGCAUAUGACUGCGCCGCUCGAGCCAUGCGUGGUCUUAAAGCUCGAACCAACUUCGUCUACCCAAUGCCUUCUCUCGACUCUUAUCACCACCGUAUUUUCUCGUCUCCUCCAAUGAAUAUGUUCCUUCUACGAGACGUGUUAAACUCUCAGUCUCUUUCUCCGUUAACCACUUUCGCUUACCCGCCUUGUAAUCUUUCUAACGUAAACGACGUUGUUCACGAGUCCUUCACUAACGUCAACGAUGUCUGUGAAGAUCUCUCGCCUAAAGCUAAGAGGUCAAGUACCAUUGAGAACGAGAGCCUGAUAUCAAAUAUCUUUGAACCAGAACCAGCUAGUUCUGGUCUUCUUCAAGAAAUUGUUCAAGGCUUCUUACCAAAACCUAUCUCUCAACAUGCUUCUAUACCUCCAAAGAGCAACCAACAGUCGGUUGGUGUUUUCCCGACGAUGCCAGAGAGCGGUUUUCAGACAGAUGUUCGUUUAGCUGACUUCCAUGUCGAAGGAAACGGAUUCGGUCAGGUUAAAUAUCAUGGAGAGUUAGGUUGGGCUGAUCAUGAGAAUGGGUUUGAUUCAGCUAAGAUGCAGCAGAACGGAAAUGGUGGAAUGUUUUAUCAGUAUUGCUUUCAUGAUGAUUAUUAGAAUAUUGUUGUUGUUCUACUUUUU